UGUGGUCAUUUCCCGCAAUGAUGAAUUUGACAGACGUCACUAACGUCAAUUGCUGAGUUUAUCCUUCCAAAAAUUCAGUGAAUCUCAGUUGGUAAUGCGUUCAUUAUGUGUGUGAGGGUAUUUUGGUGAAAAAGCCGUUGUUCUAACCCUCGGAGACUUGAAAUAGCGGAGCAAAAAGUGCUGGUGUACGGUUUCUGGCAGUCUGUUGUUAUGGAUUCAGAAGAGGACACUUAUGACAAUGUUGAUUCGGGGAACGAGUCCAGCGGCGACGAUGUUGAUUUUGCAAUGGAAGUUGAAGUUACAGGACACAGGGAAAAGCAGACGGACGUGGACGACUACCCCUACGAGGUUUUGUCCACCGAGGAGAUCGUCCAGCACAUGGUGGACUCCAUCAAGGAAGUCAACUCGGUUGUUGAGAUCUCCACCACGACCACACGCAUCCUGCUCAACCACUUCCGAUGGGACAAGGAAAAACUAAUGGAACGGUUCUACGAUGGGGACCAAGACAAGCUCUUCUCAGAGGCGAGAGUCAUCAACCCGUUCAAUAAAUACAGCAACAAAGUCAAGCCACCAAAGAAGACCAGCAAUGGGACCGAGGAAUGCGAAAUUUGUUUCAUGACUCUUCCUUCUUCCCACAUGACUGGACUCGAAUGUGAACACAAGUUCUGUACUCACUGCUGGUGUGAGUACCUGACGACGAAAAUAAUGGAAGAAGGCGUGGGCCAAACAAUUGCCUGUGCAGCGUACGGCUGUGACAUCCUUGUUGAUGAUGCUACUGUUAUGAAAUUAGUGAAGGAUUCUAAAGUUAAAUUAAAAUACCAACAUUUAAUUACUAAUAGCUUUGUUGAGUGCAAUCGCUUGCUGCGAUGGUGUCCGUCACCCGAUUGCAGCAACGCAAUAAAGGUGCAGUACGUGGAGCCCCACCGUGUCACGUGCAAAUGUAACCACACGUUUUGCUUUGCGUGCGGCGAAAACUGGCACGACCCUGUCAAGUGUCACUUAUUGAAAAAAUGGAUAAAAAAAUGUGACGACGAUUCGGAAACGAGCAACUGGAUAGCAGCUAACACCAAAGAGUGUCCAAAGUGUAACGUAACGAUCGAGAAAGACGGCGGUUGUAACCACAUGGUUUGCAAAAACCAGAACUGCAAAGCGGACUUCUGUUGGGUGUGUUUAGGGCCAUGGGAGCCCCAUGGUAGUUCAUGGUAUAAUUGCAACAGAUACGAUGAGGACGAGGCGAAAGCGGCGCGAGAUGCUCAAGAAAAGUCGAGAUCGGCAUUGCAAAGAUAUUUAUUUUAUUGUAAUAGAUAUAUGAACCAUAUGGCGUCGCUUAAAUUCGAACAUAAGUUGUAUGCGUCGGUUAAGGAGAAGAUGGAAGAGAUGCAGCAUCAUAAUAUGAGCUGGAUUGAAGUUCAGUUUCUUAAAAGGGCGGUCGAUAUUUUGUGUCAAUGUCGACAGACGCUGAUGUAUACUUACGUUUUCGCUUACUAUUUACAAAAAAAUAACCAAUCUGUGAUUUUCGAAGAUAACCAAAAAGACCUGGAGAGUGCCACUGAAACGUUAUCGGAGUAUUUAGAGAGAGAUAUUACGUCUGAAAAUCUCGCCGAUAUUAAGCAAAAAGUCCAAGAUAAAUACAGGUAUUGUGACAGUAGGAGGAAAGUUCUACUGGAGCAUGUCCACGAAGGGUACGAGAAGGAAUGGUGGGAUUAUAACGAAUAGUUAGAUAAUGCAAUGCCUCCGUUCUGGAAGUAGAUCGACUAGUAUUUAUAGUUAUAAUAAAUACCUAGUUACCUCAUUGAGACGGAAACACUGUCGAUCCGUACUUAUGAUAUUAGCUAAAGUUUAGUUACAUCAAGAAUUUCGAUCUAUUAACAGAACGAAUUUUGAUAAAUAAGAGUUGCACCCUGUUACUGUAAUAUUUGCAUUUUUGAAGAAGACAGUAGAUGUGGACAGCAAACACAUUCUAGAUCUGUUUUAUUAUACUUAAAAGAAUUUGUCUUUUAAAUUUCUAAAAUGAAAGUUGUGAGUGAUUAGUAUAUUUUAUUGUUAACUAUUAAGUUUUAACUAAAUGAGGCCAUUUAUUGUUCCAAAUGAUUUUGCUAAGAACGAAACAUGUUGAAUAGAACCAGUAGUCUAAUUUUUAAAGUAAUAUAGAAAUAUUUUUGCUUCUAGAUUUAACGUAUCUUGAUUUAUUUCAAUUGUGGAAUCUACUGUGAUUCUAAUUUUCUAAUAACUGUAAAUAAGCUAGUGGCCGAUUAGAUUCCAGCAAUUACAAAUGAUCUUGAUGAUCAUCGUUGGAAAUUGUAACCUAAGAUAUAGAGCUUCUAUCAAGUAAAAACUUAUUUUUUGGCGACUUUAAGAGGUAAGACCGUUUGUGAUUGUAUACAGAUCUAAUUUUCAAUACAUACUAUUUUCGUAAAUGUAAAUAUUUCAUAUUGGUUCUAUCACUGUCAUUGAUUUAUAAUUUCAUUCUGGAUGUACCUACUUAAUCGAAGUGUAAAUAAUUAGAUGGUGGAUCCGUCGUUUCUCAAAAUUAUUGGUGCGCAAAUAGAGAAUUAAUCAACGUCUCACUUUAUUCAUUAUGUUUCUGCUACUUAACUCACCUUAUUUACACAUAGCUAAGUUCAUUAUAUUGCGUCCGCACGUGUGGACAUAAUGGAACGAACUCAGGUGUACUUCGAUCGGUCAUUUCUUUUAGGGAAUUGUUACUUAAUCCUUGAUAAUUUCUUAAUAUAUGUAUCUGUAGCACAUUCCCCACCAGAAAUUGUUUAAUUGGAUUGUUGGCAUGCAAUAAAUUCAUGUAAGUCUCCCGAUUAAAAAAUUAAAAGUAGUUUUGUGAGGGAGAAGUCAGCGCAAAGUUUAGUUGGCAACCUCGCGAUACUAUUUAAAAGUACUCCAUCCCAAAUGGAAUUAAAAUAAAUCUUACUUUAAUUGAACUCGAACUCAAUCAGCUGGAGUUCUGUUAUUGUUAAGUAACAAUAAACUGUAAAUUUGUAAAGUAAUAAAAUUAAUGAUUAAACAUAAUUGUUUAACUA